AUGUCACCGAUCAGUAAACUGUUUGCCCCGCGCAGGAAACCUGCAACAAAGGCCUCAAUUCAGACCGCAGCAACUGCACAGCCUUCGCAAAGCUCGAUACAAGCAGUUCUAUCGCCCGACGACCCAAUGGGGCUUACAGUUGUCUGGCCGCCUGAGUACAAGCAAGACGAUCCGGACAUUGUGGUUUUCGUUCAUGGGUUAAACGGCGGUUCAUAUCGUACAUGGACCGAUGGCAGCACGUUCUGGCCCAAGGACCUCCUUCCAACGAUCUUGCCCACUGCCCGUGUCCUGACCUUCGGAUACAACGCCAACAUCUACCGUGACUGUGCUAAGGGCCGUAUUGAAGAAUUCAGUCAAACUCUUUACAGUGAUGUCGAAAUCAAUCGAACAUCGGUACAAAGUGUUGCCAUCGCCCAGAACAAGAACCCCGGUGCCUCGAUCUUCCAAGUCGCUGCCGGGGUGGUCUUUCUAGCAACACCCCAUCGAGGUUCAAAGAAUGCCCGCUGGGGAGAUAUAGGGGCUCGCCUAUGCCAGGCAACCAAGUUAGGGGCUCCUAGGACCUCCAGUGCACAAGAGCUCCGUCUAUUUUCCAACACGGUGGUCGACAUCAACGCCGGCUUUGUACACUUGUCCAAUCGCUUUUCUAUCAUCAGCUUCCACGAGCAGCAGGGAUAUCCUGUUCUUGGUCUGAUUGUUGAAGCCUACUCGGCUAUUAUGGACGUGCCGAAUGAGAUCCACACAGUCGCCCUCAACGCCAAUCACGUUGAUGUCUGCCGGUUUGAGAAUUCAGUCGAUCCCAACUUCCAAAUCCUGAGCAGAUAUAUCCGGAGCCUAGUAGUAGAUAAUCUAAAGGUUUCAUGUAAGGCGCACCUCACGUCAUAUGAUAUCCUCGCUCAGAUGAUCCGCCACAUUGAUGAUAGGAGCAUAUCUCAUCAUCGAUUCGGGCUGUAUGGCCAAAUCGGGGUGGGGAAGACGCAGAUCGCUUUACGAUUUUUAGAUCAAUACGCACAUCGGUUUCCUGUUAGGCUCUGGGUCUAUGCGGAUACCGAUCACAAAAUUCGAAUGUCAUUUGAUUCAAUAGCACGCAAGCUUGGGUUCGAAUCCGCAGGCACAAAUCCAGAACAGAUUAUUGAGUUUGUGAAGGAUUGGCUUGCACACCAUGCUGGAUGGGUUGUGGUCUUUGACAAUGUCGAGGACCUACGACUUGUGGCUUCUUAUUGGCCCCGGCAAUUUCCACAGGAUAGCUUCAUCAUUAUCACAUCACGCGUUUCCGGUAUUUCUCUGCGGAGUGGACCUCUGACUGAUUCAGUCAAGGUUGAAUGUUUCUCGGAAGAAGACGCAACGGAGUGGUUCUGGUCGCAGAUUGACACACACGAUCGAGACCCUGCCGAAAAGGCACUGGCCACUGAGAUCGUCAAGAAAGUCGGAUGCCUGCCUUUGGCAGUCAAUCACAUGGCGGCUUAUAUUGAGGGUCGCAGCCACAGUCUGAGCGAGUUCCUCUACGAGUUCCAGCGCGAUGACAGUAUCGCAAUUGGCCAGUACGUGGCAGGAGCAAACAUCUCCUACGAAGAACAAAACCUGGCCAAAGCCUGGGAGCUGUCCCUUUCCGGUCUCGAUGAUAAGGCAGCCGAGCUUCUAGACUUGCUCUCCUUGCUAGAUCCGGAUCGAAUUCCUUUGGGACUCCUAGACCAUUUCGAUGCUGCUGCGCAGACUAGCGUCUCGGACAUCUUGUGGAACUACAGAUCGCAGCAAUUGGCAAUCAGCACCUUGGAAUACAAGUCGCUCCUCGAAAAGCGAAAGCGACAGCCAACCCUUCGCAUCCACCGCAUGACGCAGUCUGCAAAUAGGAAUCAAUGGGCAAACGAGCCGACGCGUCAGGCGAGAGCAUUUAUGAAUGCCCUCUUCUGCAUCUGCCGUGUCUACCCUCGGCAGGAAAAGGGAGGUUCUAUGGUCGAGUUCUUUCCCAGCUGCGCUCAAUUCACAGAACAUCUAUUGAGUAUUCUGGACUUCUACCAGCGCCACGCGCGUGAACUAAAUCCCACCGAAGAGUUUGCCGAAAUUCUCGCUCACUGCGGAUGGUAUUUUUUCGAGCGGGGAGAGACGAAGUCGGCUCGAGACGUUCUUUUGGAAGCCGAGGCAAUUUGUUUACAGUUGGGAAGCGGGCACAGCCAAACUCUAGGGUUGAUCUACAACAACCUUGGCGCCGUCUGCAUGCUGCGGCGUGAGGAACACAAGGGUCUCAAAUACACGAUCAAGGCGAUCGAACACCGCGAACACACCAUUCCGAAAGAUAGCCCUGAGAUCCAACAGCUAGGUAUCUCUUACAUGAACUAUGCAAAUGAUAUGCAGUUGGUGCAGCCAUUCGACAAGAACAUCGCCGCCGACUUCUUUAACCGAGCCCUCGAUAUUGCCCAGCACUCACCAGGUGGUACAGUCAAAUCACAGGAGCUAGUAUUGUCUAAUAUGAGCUGCGCGUAUUAUCGCUGGAACAUGCUAGACAAGGCAUUACAUUAUGUCAAACAGGCAGUCGCACUCCACCAGGAAUGUGGAGCAGACACUACAUACAUGCUGUACACUUUGUACUACUACGGCAACAUUCAAUGGAAGCUCGGCGCCCGACGUGAUAGCUACGCAAUCCAUCAUGACUGUCUCCGAAGGCGCCAGAUCCUGCAGGGCGAUGAGCACUACACCACCGGAGUCUCGCUUUACAAGACGGGAAAACUGGCCUAUGAGCUGGGAUACCAGGCCGAUGCCCUCGAGUACCUCGAGAAAGCAGAGAAGACUUUCCGUGCCUACCACGAUGAUCCCGGGCUAUGGCCACGUGGUUGUUUGAUGCUCGGGAAGGUCAUGUUGGCGAUUGGAGGUUCCAAGCCUGACGGCGACCUUCGUCGUCAAGGGCAAGAGUUUUGGGAUAAAGGCAUGAAGGCAGCAAGAGACCUUAAAGGGACGUCUUUCCAGGGAAGAGACGACGAUGAGUUGGACUCCCUUGUGAGAGAGGUUUACCGUUAG